AGAGUCACGUGCGGGUUAAGGUGGGGAGGCCGUCGGCGGUAUUGAGUCGCCGCCUGCCUGGUAGCUGCUGUGCUGUCAGGACACCCGCUUGUAGUUAGUCGCCAUGACGCGGUUCGGAGCCUCUCACCUCGUUGUGCUGCUUGUUGCUGCAAUUUCAGUUGCUCAAGCAGUCAAGAUUGAGGUCCAUGGCAAGGAUAACAAAACCUGUAUAUAUGCUGUAUUGUCUGUCAACUUUACUGUUCUUUAUGAAGGAAAUGGGACAAUGGAAAAUGCAACUUUCCAGUUGCCAGAUUCAUUAUCAUCCAAUGGAAGCACAUGUGGUGGUAACAAUUCAGCUCCCUUGUUGAACAUGGGCUUUGGGACUGGUCACUCCUUGAGCUUAAACUUCUCUCAUACUGAUGGCAAAUUUAGUGGUGAUGUACUGACUUUCACUUAUAACACCAGUGAUGCAAAACUCUUUCCUGGAGCAAAAAACAAAAGUGUAAAACAUGUGGCUGUGAAUUCCCUAAUGGAAUCUGUACCCCUGAACACAAUCUACACAUGCAGAAGUGUUAAAGCUAUUGCAAGUGAAGCAGUUGUCAUGGUUUUUUGGCAUGUUGGCAUUCAAGCCUUUGUGGAGAAUGGAACAAUUAGCAAAAAUGAAUCCUUCUGUAAAGCAGAUGUGUCAACCACUGUCUCACCAGUUACAACACAGACAACUUCCACUGUGACCCCAAUCCCAACUAAGCCACCUCCAGAUCUGCCAGCAGUGGGCAAUUACACCGUUAAGAAUGGAAGUGAUCCUUGUCUCCUUGCUAAUAUGGGACUACAGCUAAAUAUUACCAUCACAGAAAACCAGGCACGUGUAAUUAAUAUAAAUUCCAAUUCUACUGCCAGUGGACGUUGUGGGGAUAAACAUUCAGUCCUCCUCCUACAAGAUACAGAUGCAACUAUUCAGUUUCAUUUCUUUGUGGAACAAUCCAAAUUCUUCUUGAAGGAGGUGCAGGCUAACGUAAGCUUGCUUGUAAAUGGUUCAACAACUACACUUAACAGCAGCAAUGGCAAUCUGAAGUAUUGGCAGGCAUUUGUUGGAAGUUCAUACAUCUGUCGCAGUGAACAGAGGCUAGUUGUGACUGACAAGUUGGCUAUUAAUACAUUUAAUGUGUGGCUCCAACCAUUUGAGGUUAAGAAUGGAACCUUUUCCAGAGCUGAAGACUGCAAAGCAAGUGAGAACUACAUCGUGCCCAUUACAGUUGGAGCAGCGUUGGGAGCACUAAUUUUGGUUGUGUUGGUGAUCUACAUCAUUGGUCGUAGGCAGAAUCACCAUAAUGGAUAUGAGCACUUCUAAGUUUUUCAGCUCUGGGAUUGUCCAGCUACUUGACUUUUAUUUACAAGUGUUAGUAUAUGUUGUAAACCCAUUUAAGGUGAAUUAGAUACUGAAGGAUAAAUUAUAAUGUAUUUGCAGAUGUAAAUUGAACUUUACUAAUGUCUAGUUAAGAACACAAUGCUCUGAAUUACAUAAAUCUGGGACAAUCAUAUAGGACGGUAUAUAGUCCUCAAUCUUUAAUGUUACUACCUACUAUCAACAUCUUAAGCCUAUUUCAGCUACUUUAAUAUUCCAUCACUUUUUUUGUGGUUUUUUAAAAUUGAGAAACCUGUGAUUUUAAUUUACUGUCAAACCUAUGAAUUUUAGAUUACACUUUAAAUCUGUUUCAUUUGAAUGUGUGUAGUAGAAAAUACCAUCUUGAUUGCAGAUUUCUCCAAAUUACUUUUUGAACUGAUAAGUAUACAUCACUGGCAGCAUUUCAAGCUCAUCUGCACCUGUCUUCAGUUUCCCCUGUAUUUCCAGUCAGUCUCUUACUUGUCAAAAGGACUUUGAACUCUGGCAGAACUCUGCAAGCUAAUUGACAAAUUUUGGUUUAGUUGAUUGGUAUCCAUCGUCAGACCACAAGUAGACAAAGACUCUUGCUCACUUUCAUCUAGUGAAACCUUUUUAUUUUCUAAACAUCUCAACCCAACUGAUGUCAGCAUCCACUUUAUUUUAAUUGUCUGUUUUUGAAUGUUUGACUGUUGUAAAUGGACAUUGUUUGAAGUGGUUUGGUGUUCUGUUUAAUCCCUAGUAUUGAUCCUUGAUUGCACUUGGGCAAAGUUUCUAACUAGUGGAAAGCUGAAACUUCCAAUAAUGUUGACUUGGCACUCAGUACUGCAAAGCUUGCAAUAGUUGAAGUGCCACAAUUAAGGUUAUGCCACAGUGCCUUAGUCUGUCAGCUGUACAGAACGUAGGCAUGAUCAUUGAGAAUCAAUUAGUUCCUCCCUCUGAACAAUGGGAAUGCUUUAAUGCAUUUCAACUGGCACACUACAAAACAGGUUUGUAAAAUUCUCGAUAACAACUCAAUUGAUAUUAUGUAAUUUCAUGCAAUACAUUCAGUUUUGGGCAUGUGUAAAUACAAGAAACUUGGUUUCAUGGGAUAGUGUUGCAACAAGGAAAGUGUUUUGGUAAAUGCAGCACUGCCUUUUGAGGGGGAGGAGUCACCUACCACUUUCAACAUCAAUAUAUUUCAGUCAUUGGCUACAAAUUGUAUAUAGGUCUUUAUGAAAUCCUUUGUCAAGGAUAGUCUUGACAGUGUUCAACAAAGUAAAGGGAUGACUGGGGUAAAAAUCACUUCAGAAAUCACUCUUAUUUUGCUAAAUUGUUUUUGUGCACUGAAAUUGGGCUUUUGCAUGUUUCUCACCUGUCCUUAAACUAACAAUUUCUAACUUCUUUGUCACAGCUGAAGAAUGUCUUGCUGACUCUGACCUGGGUUUUCUGGUACCAAUCGCUGUUGGAGCUGCACUGGGCCUAUUAAUAAUUCUUGUCAUCAUAUCUUAUGUAAUUGGACGAAGGAAGAGCCAGAAUGGCUACCAAUCUGUGUA